CGCAAGAUUUGAUUGACAAAUAGGAAGAUGAAAUGCUAAAGGGUGUCCCAUACCCUCUGAUGUUGAUAUAUAUACACCAAGAAUACAGAAGAAGGGGAACCAAGAAGCCAAAGACCAUCAAUGAUCUAUGUAUAUAAUUAGCGACAAUUGCAGGGAGUCUAGACUGGGGGCUCCAUAAAGUCAACUACUACUGUGCCAAAACGUUUGAUGACGGUAGCAAAGACUGCAGUUGUCCACACACGCAUUCACAACCUUACAAGCUGGCAGUCACAGGCUAUACGAGUCAUACAUCUAUUUUCUCGGGAGUAAUUUCAAGAAAAAUACUGUCACUUGUGUCGCACCACGGAAAGCGACGUCAAUUUCCGCUUAUGUGAUGAAGUCAAAGAAUUUCGAACCAGAGAGCGAGACAUGUUAACCAAUCAACGAUGUAUAAAAUGAAACACCAGGAAGUCGUGUCGGAAGGUUUGGUAACAUCCAUCCCUAAAGAUUUACAAGUGCUUAAGAUUGAUAUGGAGGUACUCUCGCCACAGCAAUCAUUGACAAAAGCCGAUGUAGGUGCUUCAAAUGGGAGCAUUCCCAAAGAAGAAGGCAGUCAAUUUUCGAACCUACCCUGUCGCCAUUGGAGGAGCGACGUCCAAUCCUCUACAAAUGGAAUGGCCUUCCACUACAGAUGCCACCAAGAAGGCACACCAAUAUUCUUGGAUUGAGGAACUAAAAUUACCUACGGGGGAUGCCACCAAGAAGGCACACCAAUAUUCUUGGACUGAAGAACAACCUUAUCCGGAUGAUGCCCCCAAGAAGGCACACCAAUAUUCUUGGACUGAGGAACCACAAUUACCUACGGGGGAUGCCACCAAGAAGGCACACCAAUAUUCUUGGCCCGGGGAACAACAAUUACCUACGGGGGAUGCCACCAAGAAGGCACACCAAUAUUCUUGGCCCGGGGAACAACAAUUACCUACGGGGGAUGCCACCAAGAAGGCACACCAAUAUUCUUGGACUGAGGAACAACAAUUACCUACGGGGGAUGCCAUCAAGAAGGCACACCAAUAUUCUUGGCCUGAGGAACGACGGUUACCUACAGGGGAUGCCCACAAGGAGGCACAACAAUAUCCUUGGAGGGAGGAACGACGAUUUCCUACUACAGAGGCCAAUAAGGAGGCGAAUCAAUAUCCUUUAAGUGACAGACAACAGAACAAAGAGGAGAUGCAAUACCCUUGGUCUGACAAACGAUGGUUUACAGAAGUGCUAUCCAAACUUGAAGUACCAAACACAAAUGAGCGUAUUGAGAAGCGAAAGGCCAAGAAACCGGCUGAAUAAAAUGGAUCGACAUCGUGGCAAGACUUCAAAUGCCACUUCGAAAUGGUCUCAGCAUCUAAUAAUUGGGAUGAAACAAUAAAGGCCCUUGAACUGGCAACCACUUUAAGAGGACUGGCAUUGGGUAUAUUGUCUGAUAUAAGCGAAGCAGAUAGACGCGACUAUGAGAAACUUUGUUCAGCC